GGUACUUGGUUUUACUUUGUGAACACUGACAAACAUUCUAAAGUAAUGUGCAGAUCGGUUGUCUAGAGAGCUGCAGCAGUCCCCCCCGUGGCUGUUCUGAGCUGAGAAGACAGCACAGGGAGAUAUUGUGGAGUUAGCCUAGCUGAGCCAGGUGACACUCAGCUGCUGUGGACUCCCUGAGAAACUGGAAGACAGGGUAAAUCACCAUUCCAGAGAAUACUGGCUUGCACUGGUGUCAGGAUAAAACUAACCCACAUGAAUCAUCAUCAUCAGACCUGGACCGAGAAGCUUCAUAACGUUUUGCCUUUGUUUCCGGCAGUCUGACAUCAAUUAUGGCUACCGAAGGCAAUCAGGUUCCCUUGCGUCAGAAGCCAAGGAAGAAAGCUCAAGGUUUUUUCACCAUGAGUCGGAGGAGGAUAUCCUGUAAAGAUCUGGGCCACGCUGACUGCCAGGGUUGGCUGUACAAGAAAAAGGAAAAGGGAACUUUCCUAAGCAACAAAUGGAAAAAGUUCUGGGUGGUGCUGAAGGGGUCGUCGCUAUACUGGUAUAGCAAUCAAAUGGCAGAGAAAGCCGAUGGAUUUGUCAACCUGCCAGAUUUCACAGUGGAAAGAGCCUGUGAAUGCAAGAAAAAACAUGCAUUUAAAAUCAAUCACCCACAGAUCAAAGCCUUCUACUUUGCAGCAGAGAAUUCACAGGAAAUGAGCAUGUGGUUAAACAAACUCGGAUUUGCUGUAGUCCACCAGGAAUCCACGGCGAAGAAUGAAGAAUGCUACAGUGAGAGUGAGCAGGAGGAUCCUGAAAUAGCUGUGGAGACACCGCCCCCGCCGUACUCUUCCGCAACUUCCUCUCCUGUGGUACGUGUAGAUGCUUCACGACGGGCAUCCUCUUCUUCACCUAAACGGAGGGAAACAGCAUGUUCUUUCUCCUCUCUGGAAAACACAGUAAGGGCACCCAGCCGCUUUUCUUCCUCUGGAUCUAAAGAAAGACAGUCCUGGCUCGACAUAGUUAACAGCUCUCCUGCUGCUGAAAAUGUGGGGCACCCCCUGACAUUUGCUGUACAGGUCCACACACCUGCACCCUCAGAAGGAAGCAAUUGCCAGGCCCUGGAAAACAGCUCUGUCACAUCAGAAAGCGGUUUUUUGAACUCUUUAUCUAGCGACGACACUUCUUCGUUGAGUAACAAUCAGGACCAUCUAACAGUCCCGGAUGGAUCUGCUGGACCAAGGAUGACAGACAGAGAAGAAAUAAAAGCAUCUGAAGAUGACGAGAUGGAGAAACUCUACAAAUCGUUGGAACAAGCUAGUCUGUCUCCCCUCGGGGACCGGCGACCUUCAACCAAGAAGGAGCUGAGGAAGUCUUUUGUGAAGCGAUGCAAAAACCCAUCCAUAAACGAGAAGCUUCACAAGAUCAGAACCUUGAACAGUACGCUAAAGUGCAAAGAACACGACCUGGCCAUGAUCAACCAGCUGCUGGAUGACCCAAAGCUGACAGCCAGGAAGUACAGAGAGUGGAAGGUCAUGAACACCCUGCUGGUCCAGGACAUCCAUCAGCAACAGGCACCUCAGGACCUUGAAUCCAAUCCUCAGGAACUCACAAACCCCACCUCUUCUGACUGUGUGGAAAAUUCUCUUUGAGACAAUGCC